UUCUUGGAGGAGUGAUAGCACAAGGUGUUAUCCUGGAUAUUGCGCUGGGGAGCUUGCGGCUAACUGCAACUGUACUACAGGUUUUACUGGAAGACAUUGCGAACAAAUGACAGAAUAUGCAGAUAUUCUUGACAAUCUCUUCAAGCUAAAACACAACCACCAUGUGUUGACUAAUCCCUCAGACUCGGUAGACCCUGGUCCUCAUCCUGUGGUAUGGUCUAACUAUAAAGACUGGAACAUUGUAGAGACGAUAUGGAAUGCUAAAUAUGUAAUAAAAGAGAGGUUGCAUACAGAUAAAGACCACUAUAUCAGAAAGUUUGUUUAUGGGAUUAUAAAUGCCUCUACUACUUUGAAUUACACCUCUAUUGUUUGGGAUACAGUAAAAACAAUGCUGAAUACAACAAACACAAUGGGGUUGUCCAAUUCGUCAAAGGAAACGAAUUCUACAGAGGAAACCACCUUUAAUGUCACUCAUGUUCCAAGAGAAAUUCAGGUUAUUAAUUCAUACAGAUGUUCUCAAGCGUCAUCUGAAAAACCAGCAACAGCUCCAUUUCAAUGUAAAAAAGAUUUUUUACUGGAAUCUGGAUCGAAACCUUUCAAUUUUAGCACCGGAGAUACGUUAUCAUUUACAAUAGUGGCGAAAAUUGGAGGACAUCUAGUUAUGGAAAAUAGAGAAAAGAAAUACAAUGAGACCCAUUCAUUAGUGGGAACCACCAAAACUCUACAAUAUGUCUUUCGCUGGGACUUUGUUCUUCCUUAUCACUGUAUAGAAUCUGCAAAAACAAUAAAUGAUGAUUGCAAAGAGCCUCUUACUGUUCCUGAACUGACAGAAAAUGUAAGCUUUGAGUAUAUUUAA